AUGGCUCGUGAAAUCCCAGGGUUCUAUUAUGACGAGGAGAAGAAGAAGUACUUCCAAAUCCAAGCCAAUCACGUCGCCCCGCCAAAUGCGCAGUACUCUCAGCAAUCCGUGAAACGGCGGCGGGUUGAGCAGAAGACACGCCAAAAGAAGACUCAGUUCAGACAACGUCAAGCUAAAGAAACCAUUCGAAAGGCUGCGUCGUUGCGGCAUCCCUUGGUCAAUCUCCAAAGGGAGAUCGGGGGCCUUGGCUUCUCUUCUAGUGCCCGACAACAACAGACUCGCAUUCAGGCCAGUCAGUUGCGUCGCAGGGAACUUCAUCGUUUUGAGCCAUGGCCCAACUCAUACAGCAUCCGGCAUGUCUUGCGCAACCCACGUUCAGGAACAUUGAUUGCCAGUUCGGCUCGCGGGUGUGAAUCGUCUGUAUCGGUCUGCUUUCCUGACAUUGAAGGCUCCCAAUGGACCUAUGAUCAAACUAUGGAGCGGGUGUUGUUCAGAGAGCCGUACUGGUUAGGAUCCAUGUCCUUGAGUCGAUCAGGGUAUCUGCUUGCAACCAUGAACGAAGGACCAGAAAACGACUGUUUUCUUUCUGCUCAUCUCCUCCCUGAACCCGACGAAGGCGGCAACUAUGUUUGGCCUACCUGUGCGCUUCCACAUGUAUCCCCAUCCCCGAGCACCGAGCUGACGCAAGCCUAUCCAGUCUCUCACCCGAUCCGGAUCAGACCCCAUCACACAAUGUCGUUCUGGUGUUCUGCAGCUCAACCCACAGGAUCAACCCCACACUUCGCCAUCGGGACAUCUGAAGGCCUCCACACCCUAGAGGCAACCGGCAACCAUUGGGUCUUAUCCAAGAAGCCCUUCAAAGGAGAGACUCUAAGACCGUCUUCCGAUUUUCGCGAGAACCAUAGUAACGUACACGCUGUGGAAUGGUUAUCGCAAAAUUUGAUUGCGGCCGGCCAAAAGAACCGCAAAGUCUUCCUUCACGACCUGCGCAGUAAAGGCAGCGCUACACGCUUCAUGCACAAUGACGCUGUAAUGGAAAUAAAGAAGAUGGACGAGUAUCGGCUCCUAGCGGCUGGACCUACCUCGCUACGAAUGUACGACCUCCGCUUUACGCCAUCAGCACUUAAGCGUGGUGGCUUCACGAAACCCUAUCUUACUUUCCCUGACUUCUCCUCGCUGCCGAUCCCAACAUUUGACCUGAGCACCGAGCUCGGUCUUGUAGCAAGCCCCUCGCAGGACUGCAAAAUCCAGCUUUUCUCUCUGAAAACCGGCCUACAUGUGCCCUCGCCUCUCUCCGAACAUCGCUAUUCCUCGCCACCCAGCUGUGUGCGAUUCGAGUAUGGGAAUGAUACCCCAGAAUGGCGGGGUCCCCACGCACCGAGUUUGUUAGUUGGUACAGAUGAUGUGGUAGAACAAUGGACCUGGUAA